AUGACCGAACUCCAAAAUCCAGGAAAGGGCAAGAAGAAUAGCACUAACGCGAGCGACGUUAGGCUGACUGAGGUCAAAAAGCCGCGGAAAGCCAGAUCCCCCGUCCCUCUCAACACUUUGGAUCCAGACUUCCGGAGGGAGCUUUUGUGGGUGAGAGCUAAGAUCGAGAAAGAACAAGCAGAGAUCAACGAUGCCUUGGCUGAAGAGGAGAACUUGAGGGUUCAUACCGAAAACAACAACUUGAAGGAGUGUGGAUGCUGCUUUGACGACGUGCCUGCGAACAGGAUAGCAAUGUGUGAAGAAGGGCAUAUCUUUUGUCUGAGCUGUUCACGACGCGGCGCUGAAGUUGAGCUUGGAUAUAGACGAACGGUCCUCAAGUGUAUGACAGGUGGAUGCACGGCGGUCUUCCCAGAUUCAGAGGCAGUGCUAUUCCUGGCCAAGCCUGUUUUUGAGGGUCUUUUGCGAGCGCGACAGCAGAGCGAGCUAAAGAUGGAACUGGAGAAGAAUAACGUUUUGAGUGUCCAACACAAGGUCGAGGAGGAAAUGUCGCAGGCAUUGAUUCGCGAAUGUCCGAAGUGCAAGUCGCGCUUCUUCAAGACGGAAGGUUGCAAUAAGAUGACAUGUCCUCAGUGCCACACGCGUAUGUGCUAUGUCUGCAAGAUUCAGAUUAAGGACUAUUCUCAUUUCGACCAGUCGCCAGCAGGACAACCAGCCAAGAAAAAGAACCUGUGCCGAUUGUGGGAGGACACGAUUCAGAGAAACAACGACGAGGUCAAGGCAGCGGCACAAAAGACGUUACAGGAGCUGCAAACGCAGGAUCCCAACUUGGCAGCCCAAGUCCGUCUGGACAUCCCAAAGUGA